ACGUGUACUGUACCGAGCCCUUCCGCAUCCCCUUCGCGGGCAAAGUUCAAGUUUGCUGUUUUGACAAAACGGGCACGUUGACCAGCGAUCACCUCGUGGUGAGAGGAGUGGCUGGGCUCAGGGAUGGGAAGGAAGUGACGCCAGUGUCUGACAUUCCUGUAGAAACCCACCGAGCCAUCGCUACUUGCCACUCGCUGGUGCAGUUGGAUGAUGGGACGCUGGUGGGGGAUCCGCUGGAGAAGGCGAUGUUGAUGGCUGUGGACUGGACCCUGACCAAAGAUGAGAAAGUUUUCCCCCGAAGUAUUAAAACUCAGGGACUGAAAAUUCACCAGCGCUUUCAUUUUGCCAGUGCCCUGAAAAGAAUGUCUGUCUUGGCGUCGUACGAGAAGAUCGGCUCGACUGAUCUCUGUUACAUUGCAGCUGUGAAAGGGGCCCCCGAGACGCUGCACAAAAUGUUGUCUCAGUGCCCAAGCAACUACCACGCUGUCCACACGGAGAUUUCACACGAAGGGGCAAGAGUGCUGGCCCUUGGCUACAAAGAACUGGGGCACCUCACUCACCAGCAGGUGAGGGAGAUGAAGCGCGAAGCUUUGGAGUGCGACCUUAGAUUUGUCGGCUUCAUUGUGGUUUCCUGCCCUCUCAAAGCUGACUCCAAAGCUGUCAUCAGGGAGAUCCAGAAUGCAUCGCACCACGUAGUGAUGAUAACGGGGGACAAUCCUCUCACUGCCUGCCACGUGGCCCGGGAGCUGCACUUCCUCCAGAGGGAGCACACCCUCAUUCUGCAGCCUCCUGUGAGCAAAGGCUCCAGCUGGCAGUGGCGGUCCCUCGACGGCGCUGUGGUGCUCCCCAUCCUGCCGACCUCCUCACGGGACCUGACCCAGCAAUACGACCUGUGUGUAACCGGGGAAGGGCUCGCUCACCUCCAGGCCGUGAACAGGCAGCAGCUGCUCAGACUCAUACCCCACAUCCAGGUCUUUGCCAGGGUGGUGCCAAAGCAGAAGGAGUUUGUAAUCACUACUUUGAAGAGCCUGGGCUAUGUCACGCUGAUGUGUGGGGACGGCACCAACGACGUCGGAGCUCUCAAACACGCAGACGUGG